GCCCUCUUCACGGGGGAUGGGCCACCAGGAAUCACCGCUGACCCGAGCGGCGGCCCGAGGGGCCGCUUAUAUAAAGACGUUAUGUAAAGGGCUCAGCUGGCGCCAACACGUGGAGGGCCACGGGAACCCGGACGCCUGGGCCUCCCCCGCCGGCGCCGCCGCCACCAACGGCGCCACGGCCGCCGCGGUCGCCCGCCGCACCCGCGCCGCCGCCGCCUCCUGCCCCGUUACCCGGUCGCUGAGAAGACCCCGAGCCGGGGCGGAUCAGUCCCCGGCGCGGCCUCCGAGGGGCAGACGGCGGGCUGUCGGAAAGUGGAACCGCACCCGCCAGGUCACAAUCCAAGGUCCCUUUCCUUCACGUCCCGCGGCCGUACGGAGGGAUGAGGCAGGGGAGGCCCCGGCAGCGCCGUUGCGGCUCCCCUUGCCGUCCGAAGCCAUGGAAACGGGGAAGGAGGACGGCGCCCGCCGAGGUACACAAAGCCCCGAGCGGAAAAGGCGAAGCCCAGUGCCGCGGGCGCCCAGCUCGAAGCUGAGGCCGGCGGCCGCGGCCCAGGCCAUGGAUCCGGUGGCGGGCGAGGCCUUCCUGGAACAACGGCGGCCGGAGGGCGGCGGCGGCGGCGGAGGAGGAGGAGGAGGAGGAUCUACGCGGCCGCGCUACAGCCUGUUGGCCGAAGUCGGGCGCGGCAGCUACGGCGUGGUUUACGAGGCUGUGGCCGGACGCAGCGGGGCCCGGGUGGCGGUCAAGAAGAUCCGCUGCGACGCCCCCGAGAACGUGGAGCUGGCCCUGGCCGAGUUCUGGGCCCUGACCAGCCUCAAGAGACGCCACCAGAACGUGGUGCAGUUUGAGGAGUGCGUCCUGCAGCGCAACGGGCUCGCCCAGCGCAUGAGUCACGGCAACAAGAGCUCGCAGCUGUACCUGCGACUGGUGGAGACCUCCCUCAAAGGAGAAAGGAUCCUGGGCUAUGCUGAGGAGCCCUGCUAUCUCUGGUUUGUCAUGGAGUUCUGUGAAGGUGGAGACCUCAAUCAGUAUGUCCUGUCCCGGAGGCCAGACCCAGCCACCAACAAAAGUUUCAUGCUACAGCUCACGAGUGCCAUUGCCUUCCUGCACAAAAACCACAUCGUGCACAGGGACCUAAAGCCAGACAACAUCCUCAUCACUGAGCGGUCUGGCACCCCCAUCCUCAAGGUGGCAGACUUUGGACUGAGUAAGGUCUGUGCUGGGUUGGCACCUCGAGGCAAAGAGGGCAAUCAAGACAACAAAAAUGUGAAUGUGAACAAAUACUGGCUGUCCUCAGCCUGCGGCUCAGACUUCUACAUGGCUCCUGAAGUCUGGGAAGGACACUACACAGCCAAGGCGGACAUCUUUGCUCUGGGCAUUAUCAUCUGGGCAAUGAUAGAAAGAAUCACUUUCAUUGACUCUGAGACCAAGAAGGAGCUCCUGGGGACCUACAUUAAACAGGGGACUGAGAUCGUCCCUGUUGGUGAAGCGCUGCUAGAAAACCCAAAGAUGGAGUUGCAUAUUCCCCAGAAACGUAGGACUUCCAUGUCUGAGGGGAUCAAGCAGCUCUUGAAAGAUAUGUUGGCUGCUAACCCACAGGACCGGCCUGAUGCCUUUGAACUUGAAACCAGAAUGGACCAGGUCACAUGUGCUGCUUAAAUUCAGGCCUGACCAUCUUAGGUGUUUUUUAAAGUAGGUCGAUCCCUCGGGACCCACAGUCUCAUCAUGCCUUGGACAGGACAGCAGAGGGUACAGGUGGCGGCUUGGCUGCUGGUGAUCUCCUAACAGCUUGGACCUCCGGCAGUGUGAAGCUUUUGUUUGGGAUUCCCCUCCUUUUAGUUGCAUUUUGGUUUUGUUGUUGUUAUUUUUUUUCCUGUCCUUUUUCUUUUAAUUUAAGUCAUCAAGACUUGAGAACAGCAGGAGGUUAUGCUGUGGACAAGCGUCAUUUAAAGAAAGUCAAUGUGGACAAAACGUGUACAUUUUACUGUUCAUUUCUGUAAAAGGUUAGGGAGCGAUUUGAGUUGUGUCAUUUUCCUUCUGAUUUCUCUGUGCGUCUCAGUUCUGCUUGUAGCAUCUCACUCCCUGGAGAAGGUCCAUCUCCCCAGAGAGUGUUGGGGGAUUCUCUUGGAAUAGGACAUGAAGACAUAGGAGGCUUCUGGGCCACCUUCCUCCCAGACACAGGACUGCUGGACUCCUGGGUGGGCUGGUACUGGCCAGCCCUCGGACCUCACACAGGAGCAGAGGUGAAGAGCUGCCUGGCUGAGGAAGGCCAGGGCUUGGCCAGGAGGACUCUAGAAAGGAGCCUCACCUGCAGGUUUGGUUCUCUUUAAGCUGUUGGGACUCCAGGCCCCAUCAGGACUCGGUGGUAGGACUUGGUUUCCUCUUCUACCCCUUAUAACUGGGAGCCCCAGGGGGAGAAGGCCAAGGGCCACCUCAUGCCCACUGCUGCAGUGAGCAGCUAGUUCCGCAAGCCUACUGUCUGGUUAGGACUGUCGUGCCAAACCUCUUUGGAGCACACCGAGUCUUCCUUGGACACCAUCAUCAUUGUUAGCUCAGCACCCCUUACCUGCUGCCUCUAGGAUCGUCGUCUUCCGGGUGUGCCACAGACUCUGCCUGGGCCCUCAGGUCUUGUGCCCACUGAUUGCCAUGAUAGCAGUGUCCUGAACUGGCUGCCACCUUGGCCGUCUCUGUAAAGGUGUGCCCCGUUGCCAGAGUCCACCAUGUUAUAUCCAGUGACAUGUCAAGCGCCAUCUCCCUGACCCCUUGGACUGACUCAGUGGGUGCCCAUCCUCAUGGUAGCCUCCCACCCACCCCGUUCCAGGCUGCUGCUGGGAGCCCCCAAGCCUUUCCAGGGUUUUCACCUAUAUUAUAUUUAUGGCCAAAUGGGAUAGGGUUUCUGAGGAAGGGGAAAGGGCUCAUUUGUGUUCAUUUUUGUCCCCCAUGUCCCCCCCCCCAAAAAAAAAUAGCAUAGGACUGAUGGGAAGGUGAUUGAAGGUAUUCUAGUUGGUGUGUGAUCAAGAGAGACUUCCCUAUAAGCAGCAGUCCUGUGGUCCUGCACAUCCUGUGACCAGCACAUCCAGCCCCACUUGGCCACAUCAUUAGAAUUCUUCUAGCCUUAUCUAAGCCCCUCAGCUGCAUCAUGAGAUUUCUUCUUCCUCUUGGCAGAAGGCUGGCUGCUAUUUCUGGGAUUCCAUGGGGCUACAGGUGGCAACAAGGCUCUUUCCUUCCCUUCAUGGGCUGAAACCUGUUGUGACUGCCUGGCCCUGUUUCCUCUCCUCUGACUUCUCGGGCAGGCUCCUGAGUAUAUUGAGUGGCAGCUAGGGAGCUGGGGGGGGGGAGGGGGUAGGGGGAGCAGGGGUGAGACAGAGCAGCCUCCUCUGAUUACAGAGCAUGCUCCUCCUCGACUUCACCUUCCCUGGAGACUGUCAUCUCUCCAUCUAUGAGCAGAUGGGAAAAACAGUCCCCAAACUUGGAGCAGGCACAGGCCUAGCAGGUGACCUGCUUGUCUUUUUGUUCUGCUCAGCCCAGGCUCUUGGCUUUAAAUGUCAGUAGUCACUGGCGGUCACAGGUGGGCAGCCUGGCAUGGGGAGCCCACUUUCCUGCACCUUAUCUUCCAGGACUACAGCCAGCGCUGGCUCAGUGGGACUUCCCUAGCUCAAAUGAGGGCCAGCUCCUGAGUCCCAAGUGCCUGUCCCUGCCUCUUCCCCUCCCUGUCCUGCUCUGUCAUGGUUAGUGGGUGCCCCCACCCCCACCCCCACCCCCGUGGCUCCUGCAGUCUUCUCAGAACUGCGCUCCUGUCAGUCUCAGCCAUCAGCCACCACCUACUGAUUCCCUCUUCCUGCCUCUACCUGGGUCUCUGGCCUGCCAGAAGCCAUGGGACAUCAUCUCAGCACCCAAAGUUUGUUAGACACCUUACAACUGUAGUUCUCUUCCUGAAUGUGUGAAAAGGGUAGACUGUUGGGGGACUGCCCUGGCCUCAGUCUCCCGGGAAAGGAGUCAGCAGGACAGAUCUUAGUGCCUUAUUCCUUUGUCCUCUUGGCUAGACUCCUGGCUCAACCAGAAGCACAUGGCCUCUUUUCCUCCUGUGUCUACCUGUUAUUGGCACUCACACUUUCGCACCUGCGGAUUGCCAGAGGGGAAAGGUUUUCACCCUCAUCUCCUUAUACCCAAGCAAUGCCCACCUGCCUCCAGAGCACUCCAGGUAGCUUAGCCCAGGACAGGAGAGCUGCUGCCCACUCGUCUCCAGCUGCUUCUUCCAGACUGGCUCCAUCUCACCCCAUUCUGGGUAAGGGGACUAAGGUUCCUUCUGGCCUUAGCCUCAUCUCACACCAGCCAGAGGCAUUGGGACAGGUAAUGGACACUCGAAUCUUCCCACCCUGCUGGGGGUUUGCUCCCAUGGCUGCCUUUCAGAGGGAGUGUGUUAAAUGUUUACUUAAGAAAUAACCCUGUUUACAGCUGGAGGAGAAGUGUGCCCACUCUAGGGUGGGGAUUUCACUGUGGACUGGGCCUGGCCUCCUUUACGGCACUGCCAGUGGUAGCCACAGAGUGAAUGUAGGCAGAGAUGGUGGGGGCCCUUCAUUCCCUCUGCUCCCUGGCCCUGUGGUGCUAGGACCUCUCCCCACCUCCAUCAUUCCCUUCCAGGAGUCUCAGCUACUCAACAUAUCACUUGUCUCUAUCCUAGAAAACCAGUGUUAGGAGCAAUAAGAUUCUUAUUUUUGCUUGAAUUUCUAAGAAAAGAAAAAGCUGGUGGUGUGGGAUCCUUAUCUGUUGUUACUGUUUACUGUUUUAGAGGAGAAAGUAAAAGGAUAGGUAUCUGGGUUUUAGCCUCUGGGUAUCUUGGGAACUUGGAAACACAAGAAUCAGGCUCUCCUUGCUAAGGAGGGAACCCUAACUACCCUUGCCUUGUUCCCUACCACGGUUCCAGCCCUCUUCCCCCAAGAGUACUUCCAGCCUGUCCUUCCCUCCCUGGUACUGCUGGCUCUUGUUCUAGGUGGAUCUCUUGGUUAUUCCUCCCUUUGACUAGCUCUUCCACUUGCCACCCCCAAAUUGUCUGGUUAGCCCCAGACUUUUAGCCACUGGGAGUCCGAGGUCUAGCAACCUCAGAACAGUGAAGCUUGGUUAUUCAGCUGCCUAGGCCAGCACAUUUGGGAGGAUGAGGCCCAGAGAUACUGCCUCCGACCCUCACCUGCCUCACCCCAGCUUUGAGGUCAGGGACUCCUGUCUGGAGAAUGCUCUUGGCCAGAAGCCUGGGGGUGGGGGGCAUGAUCCACAGCCACCACUUAGGGAUGAACCCACUGCCCUCAGUUGCCUGAGGCCUCUCUUCCCAGGGCUGCACAGGGUACCUGAAGUUGCACAUACACAGGCAAGACCAUAGGAGGAAAGAAGCUGAUUUGGGGGCAUUUUAAAGAAAUCUUGUGCCCGGGAGCUUCUUGCCAUCAGCCGGGGAGGGCAUUCCAGUGGCCUCCUGACUUGUGUGGGGCAGGUUUGGUUGUGAGGGAGGUUUUAAGCUAGGCACAGGUUAGUUUCAAAUACUAGUUAAUCUAUUUUUCUCUUUAUUUUCUUUUUUGCACAGAAGCUGGUAAUCUAGGACCUACGUGUGAACAACUUUAUAUGAAUAUUUUUUGUACUUGGUUUACUUGGGUUGAUAUACAUUAUAUUUAAGUUCCUUGAACACUGUGGAUCCCCUAAUGUAUGAAUGACUGAGGCUUUGUAAAUUAAGGGACGUUUGUGUGAAUAAAGUUAUUUGAUGGGGUCAAAGAAGCCAUACGUGAUUGGAAA